UAAAAGCUGUUGACAUAUGACUCCUCCGUACUUGAAAGUUGUUUAUAUGAAGCUAAAAACAUUAUGGAUUUUCCAAAUCUGGAAUCUCCCACGUCGAUUGUUACCUGUCAUUGAUUAUAAAAGCAACAAACAGCGCGUAGUUGUGUUGUCCCUGUAAAGAAAAUAAAGAGUUUUGCUUAUAUGGCUAUAGGAUUGCAUAAUCCUCUGUAUGAAUCGAAAGUUACACAAUCCGCCAUUUCCCUUCAUAUUGACAGCCGCUCGUACGUCGAGAGUAAGGCGUGAUGGCUCACCAUCUGCUCCUGAAUACUCUAGAUGGAGUCGAUAAUGACAGCUUCAAAAGAUUUAAGUGGCACCUUACAUACGAGGUCUUGGACAGCUGUAAACCAAUUGCAAAGGCCCAUCUACAGGAUGAUGUAGACCGGACCGACACUGUGAGCAAGGUCAUCGAGAGCUAUGGUGAACAGAUGGCUGUGAAGAUCACGGUAGAGAUCCUGAGGAAGAUGCAAAACAACUAUGCUGCGGAGAAGUUGAGGAACAAAUAUGCAGAGAAGUUAAAACCUGCGUCCUCCUCCAGCGAUGGGGAAAAUCCUCCUCUACCAUCCCAAGCUCCCACAACCUCAGUGUCAGCUGCGGGUGGAGCUGUCAUCGUCUCCCCAAUAAUCAACGCUGGCCAUCCUGGAACAUGGAAUGUGAACAUCCACAAUCAGAAAUAAACUAUUUUUUUCUUUUAGGACAUUUGGAUUAAUUAAAUUACUCAAUAAAUCAUACAGUUUGACUACCAUUUUAAGAACUGAAGUUUGAUUUUAAAGCCAUGUGUUGUAAAAGUCCUUUACUGUGAAGCCCGGCCAGUGAGAUCCACCUCCUGUAAGCAAAAGCACUCAACUCAGGCUUAACUUUACUGUCCACUCCAAUGUUUGGGUUCAUUAGUAGUAGGAGGACAUCAAAUGUACAUAUGCAUUUCCCUGCUGUACCAAGUCAAAAUGUUCAGUCUCUAAAACUCUCAGAUGUUUGUGCUGGUACUUAUUUCUCCAUCUGGGGUCAGCAGACGGUACUUGCAUGACCAAAAUUGAAUUUCUGGAACGCAUUUCUGAAAUGUUUGCAGUGACAAUACAUUUAUACGUACACUUUUAAUAAAAAAAAAAAUGAAUUAAAAUGUUGCACCCAACAACAUGGCAACCAAAGUUCUCGUCUGACGUGGAAGGUCACUGUUCAUGUGAAAGCUCGCAGCCGGAAGCUCACUGUCAGAUACGAACCACGUGACAAAAACCAGUUUGUUUGUAAGGUGUAGUCAGUACCUACUUUAAACCUCGCUUGUUUGACAGUAAAGCAACAUCUAAUUUAUUGCCUUCGUGUUAUUGAUAUCUAUAAGAGAUACGUUUUAAGUUGCGCUCGCUUGGCUGCAUAUUUACGGCUUAAACAAAAAUAAAAUAAACGGAUGUGGGCUUGACCCUUGCGACGUGCUGUACUUUGCAGUCGAGACCAGGAAGUGAGAUAUUGUCAUCGUCUGCCAGCUAGCUGCUGUUCUACGCGAUGAAAGCACAAAAGAAUCGCAAAACAUAAAAUACGCGGUUAUCAUUUCACACCAAAUAGCACAAGCUAAGUGACAGUACGGUGUUUCUUUCCACGGGAAGCGUGGCGGUGGCCGAUUUUGGGUACGGUGAGGACUCCAAGCCAGCGCACUGUUGAACCAUCUGGCAGGAUUGUCGAUAGCUAAUAGCACCAGUUGGAUACCGUUAGCAAGUGGUGAUGGCCGUGGUACAUAGAGACUGCUGUUUAGCUGGGUUGUUUCUUCUAUCACUGCUUUCUGUCUGCUCCGCAAGAAUACACAAGCUCACCUUAAAGAAUGAAACGCGGUUCGCCGUAGACCUCAACAACUUUGGCUUCUUCGCUAACGGGACUCUGGAUGUGAGCCUCUCUUCCCUGUUGCUCGACGAAAAGCUUGUGAACUACAGCAACUAUCCGGUUGGUUUCAGUCUGUCCAGGUCGCGUGUUAACGGAGUCUUGUCCUACACAGCAGAGGAGACGGAGACAUGCCCGCUCACCAUGACGAAGUCGGCCAACGACGAACCCCUCAUUCUUUUUCUUAUCGACAUCAACAGCCUCAGUGUCAAUGUGAGAGUCAUGGGGGUCCAAGACAACGUUCUGAUGGCAAGAGCAAAGGCUGACGCAAAUAAAGGUGAGAGGAAAGCCAGAAAUGCCGGUGCUGAUAAAACGUCAGACUCAAACGUCCAAAAGGAGUCAGUGAACAGCCAAAAUGGAAAUGUUAACCAGGAAAAGAAGGAAGAAGCUCGGACAGAAGAAAAGACAAAGACAGAAGAAAAGACAGAAGAGAAGACAAUCACUGACGUGGAAGCUAAGAAAGUCGAGGAGACCAGAUUCCUGCUGGAGAAGGCCAACUAUCUGACUUUAGCCUUGGACAAAGUAAACGGCUCCUACAACUUCAGCUUCCAGAUGGAGGUGGGCACAAAGGCGCAGGGUCUGUACAGCCUCAAGUUCCACUACUGCCGGAACAGAGUGCCCGGAGACAAGCUGCCCUACUCGUUCACGGUGGAGGUGACGGAAAAAAACCAGGGAAACUACCUGUCGGCGGCAGAGAUCCCCUUGUCCCGCCUCUACAUCUGCAUGGCCGGCGUUUUCUUCACCGCCGCCAUGGUGUGGGUUUACACGCUCAUGAAACACAGGUACAGCGUGUUUAAGAUCCACUGGCUGAUGGCGGCCCUGGCGUUCACAAAGUCCACGUCCUUGGUGUUCCACAGCAUCAACUACCACUUCAUCAACACCGAGGGCCAUCCCAUCGAAGGCUGGGCCGUCAUGUAUUACAUAACCCACCUGCUGAAAGGAGCUCUCCUGUUCAUCACGCUGGCGCUGAUCGGCACGGGCUGGGCUUUCGUCAAAUACAUCCUGUCCGACAAGGAGAAGAAAAUCUUCAUGAUAGUCAUCCCUCUGCAGGUCCUGGCCAACGUCGCCUACAUCAUCAUCGAGUCCACGGAGGAGGGCUCCAGUGAGUACUACCUGUGGAAGGAGAUCCUGUUCCUGGUGGACCUCAUCUGCUGCGGAGCCAUCCUCUUCCCCGUCGUCUGGUCAAUCCGUCACCUACAGGAGGCUUCUAGCACAGAUGGGAAAGCUGCCAUGAACUUGGAGAAGCUCAAGCUCUUCCGGCACUAUUAUGUGAUGAUCGUCUGUUACAUCUACUUCACGAGGAUCAUAGCCAUUCUGCUGAAGAUCACAAUGCCGUUCCAGUGGCAGUGGUGCUAUGAGUUUCUGGUGGAGGUGUCCACGCUGAUAUUUUUCGUGUUGACGGGCUACAAGUUCCGGCCGGCGUCCAACAACCCCUACCUCCAGCUCCCCCAGGACGAGGAGGACGUGGAGAUGGACGAAGUGGUCACUGAGUCCGGGGCGCUGGAAGGCAUUUCUAAGGUCAAGAAGACGUCAAACGGACGCGAGCGCCAGAAAGAGCCCACCCUGUGAGCGGGAAGCCGUUUCUGUGGGAGUGACCGGCUAAACCCCCCCCCACCCAUCCCCACAACCCCCCCCGGGCCAGCUGGCAUGAAGGGGUACACAUGGACCAAGGCUCCCCACUUCUUUUAAAACUCUUCAAGUGGUUCCAGUGGCCAUACCCACUGUCUGGCUAUGCAAAAAAACAAAAAUGAAACAAAAAAAAACAACAACACCUGGACGCUCUCCGUUUCCUGGGAACGCUCCACCCUGAAACCGAGAGGUCUCGGGAGGCACGCGCCACGUUGGACGGGGGGGGUGGGGGGGUGGAGACACGGAAGGGAGCUCCGAUGUUCUUUAUCAUUCACAUUUCUCUCCGUGUCUCUCCAAAGAUGAUUCUUCUUUUAGAGAAAGACUUGCUUUUUGAGUGUUUAUAUCAGCUAUUUAAAACGGUACUUCUGCUAGCCUUUUUUUCGCUAUAACCUUUCCUGUGUGACACGAGUACUUGUGUGUGUGUGCGUGCGUGUG